AUGAGGACUUCACUCCUCACACCGGCCCUCCUCUCCCUCCUCGCGAGCACCGACCUCGCCUCGGGCCUCAGAAUAGCAACCUCCCUCCAAUGGAUCGAGCACACGCCCCAGCCAUACGCAAUCAAGCACUUCUACAACGGCUCCAGCACGGCCCAGCUCAUCAGCGGCGGCGUCCAGAGCCUCUCGUCCGACAAGUCCAUCGACCUCGCCGCCAACGCCGAGACCCAGGGCCUGCUGACCUACGCCAGCCACCGCGACGUCCGCCUCAUCUACGUCAUCUGCGAGGUCGCGUACCGCCUCGUGGCCGACGGCUCAAAGGGGAUCAAGACCCUGGCCGACCUCAAGGGGAAGAAGGUCGGGUCCAUGAAGGGCACGUCGGCGGGCUACUUUGUCAGCAAGCUGCUCGGCACGGCGGGGCUGGCCGAUAGGGACUACACGAUCGUGUCCGGGAACGUGUGCAUGAAGGCCCCCUGCGGGGCGGGCACGUUCCCGGCCAUGAUCAAGCAGGGCCAGGUCGACGCGUUUGGCAUCUGGGAGCCGGCCGUCGAGCUGGGGGCGCAGGCGCUGGGGGCCGACAGGGCGGUCAUGUUCGGGGGCGACCCCAAGAUCUACCGGGAGGUGUACUCGCUGUACACGACGGACGCGAAGCUGGCGGACCCGGCGACGAGGAAGGACAUCGUGGCGUUUGUGGAGGCGCUCAACAAGACGCUGGAUGUGUUUACUAACAAGCCCGAGACGGUGUAUGCCGAUGUCGCGGCGGCGGUGGGGAUGGAUGUCGAUGUGGUCAAGGCGGUUUGGCCGGUGCACAAGUGGACGGGGAGGUGGGGGGAUGAUAUGCUGGAUUUCAUCACGCAGGAGCAGACGUGGCUUGCCGGGCAGAACAGGCAGCAGGCUAUCUCGAGCGCGGAUCUGGCCAAGUUCCUCGAUUCGGAUAUCUUGGAUGCGCUGUGAUUUGGUCUGCUG